AUGGAGGUGUUCACUUCCAGCACGGGCGAGAACGAGAACCCGGCCUUCGAGCCCGCGGGGGACGAGCCCCCGCCGUACGAGACGCCCUUCUCCGGCAGCGAGCACAGGGACAUCCGGCCCUCAGUGGUCAGCGCCUUCGGCCACAACACGCUGGACCGCGCGCCCCGGAUCGAGCACUACCGCAACGCGGGGAGUGUCAGCGGUCACCGCGCGGUCCGGCCCUCCCUGCAGGAGCUGCGCGACGUCUUCCAGAAGGUGAGCCCCCGCCCGAACGCACGCCCGCACGUCACCUCCGGCGAUGGGACCCCCUCAGUGGACUUUGAGUCCUUCCCUCCCCCGGAGAAGAGUGGAGUGGUCAAAUUCGGCUGGAUCACGGGCGUGCUGGUGAGGUGCAUGCUGAACAUCUGGGGGGUGAUGCUGUUCAUCCGUCUCUCCUGGGUGUUCGGUCAAGCUGGCGUUGGCCUGGGAACUGUGGUCAUCGCUUUGAGCAUGGUGGUCACCAUCGUCACUGGGCUGUCAAUGUCUGCCAUCUGUACCAACGGAGUGGUAAGGGGAGGCGGGGCGUACUACUUGAUCUCCCGCAGUCUUGGACCGGAGUUUGGCGGCUCCAUUGGCCUGAUCUUUGCCUUCGCCAACGCAGUAGCCGUGGCCAUGUAUGUGGUGGGGUUCGCUGAGACGGUUGUGGACCUUCUCGAGGAGCACGACGUCCUCAUGCUGGACGUGGUGAAUGACAUCAGGAUCGUAGGCUGCAUCACCGUGGUGCUGCUCCUGGGGAUCUCGAUAGCUGGCAUGGAGUGGGAAGCCAAGGCUCAGCUUGUUCUGCUGGCCAUCCUCCUGGUCGCCAUCGUCAACGUAUUCGUGGGGACCUUCAUCCCUGCAACAGAGACCAAGAAAUCCCAGGGUUUCUUCGGUUAUCAAUUAUCCAUAUUUUCUGAAAACUUGGGACCAAACUUUCGCAAUGGAGAGACGUUCUUCUCGGUGUUCGCAAUCUUCUUCCCUGCUGCUACAGGCAUUCUGGCUGGUGCCAACAUCUCUGGGGAUCUGAAGGAUGCCCAGUCCGCCAUCCCUAAAGGAACCCUACUGGCCAUAAUAAUCACAGGGGUGACCUAUAUCGCUGUGGCACUCUGUGUGUCGGCCACGGUGGUGCGGGACGCAACCGGGAACGUCACAGACGCCAUCCUGACAGGAAUCACCUGCAACAGCUCAGCUGUAGCCGCGUGCGAGCUGGGCUACGACUUCUCCUCCUGCGCAACCGAAAAAUGCGAAUACGGCCUCAUGAACAACUUUCAGGUCAUGACAAUGGCAUCUGGGUUCGGGCCACUGAUUAUAGCUGGAACAUUCUCUGCCACACUGUCUUCAGCCUUGGCCUCUCUCGUUAGUGCACCCAAAGUCUUUCAGGCGUUGUGUAAGGACAACAUCUACAAGGGACUGGAGUUCUUUGCGAAGGGGCAUGGAAAAAACAACGAGCCAAUCCGCGGUUACGUUCUGACCUUCAUCAUUGCUGUGGCUUUCAUUCUGAUAGCGCAACUCAACGUGAUUGCUCCAAUCAUUUCCAACUUCUUCCUGGCAUCCUAUGCCCUCAUCAACUUCUCCUGUUUCCACGCCUCCUACGCCAAAUCACCAGGAUGGAGACCUGGAUACAAAUACUAUAACAUGUGGCUGUCUCUGUUUGGAGCCGUGCUGUGCUGUGCUGUGAUGUUUGUCAUCAAUUGGUGGGCAGCUCUCAUCACCUAUGCCAUUGAGAUAUUCCUCUACAUCUAUGUUACAGUGAAGAAGCCAGAUGUAAACUGGGGGUCUUCCACCCAAGCUGUGACAUUCAUCAACGCCGUGAACAACACGCUCACUUUGAGCGGAGUGGAUGACCAUGUCAAAAACUUCAGGCCCCAGUGCAUUGUGCUGACCGGAUCCCCCAAGACCAGACCGGCUCUGCUCGACAUCGCCCACUCUUUUACCAAAAACUACGGGCUGUGUCUGACCUGCCAAGUGUUUGUGGGGCCAAAAGCGGAGAACCUCAUGGAGAUGAACAGCAACGUAGAGAAGCACCAGAUGUGGCUCAACAAGAAGAAGCGCAAUGCGUUCUACGCAGGGGUGGCCAACGAGAACUUCAGGGAGGGGGUGGAGAACCUCCUGCAGGCCUCAGGCCUUGGUCGAUUGAAGCCAAACACGCUGGUGAUCGGAUUCAAGAAGAACUGGACAAAAGCCAAAGUGGUGGACGUUCAGAACUACGUUGGUGUCCUGCACGAUGCAUUUGACAUGGAGUACAGCGCAGUGAUACUCAGGAUUGCCGAGGGACUGGAUGUCGCUCACUUCGUCCACGCCGAAGAGGAACUGGACAGGCUGACGAUGGAGCAGCUGGCUCUGGAAAACGAGGACGGUGGGAAGAAAGGGGUAUUCAGGAGGUCCAGGAAACCAUCCAAGCAAGUGCUCACCCCUACAGUGUCUGUCAAUAUACCUCAAUCUGCUGAGGAGGUGAAGGCGAGCCAGAGGCUCCAGGAGGCCAGCAUUCAGUUCCAGAAGAAACAGGGCAAAGGCACUAUUGAUGUUUGGUGGCUCUUUGAUGAUGGAGGUCUGACUCUCCUCAUCCCCUACAUCCUGACCACACGCAAGAAGUGGAAGGACUGCAAGAUGAGGAUCUUCAUCGCUGGAGAACCCGGCCGCGCUGAACAAGAAAAGGCAGACAUCAAGUCCCUUUUGGAGAAAUUCCGGAUCAAAUGUGUGGACAUCAAUGUCAUUGAUGACCUGAACAGUAAACCCCGUGCACACAACUGGACAGCCUUCAAGAACAUGAUCGAGCCUUUCUGCCUUCAUGGAGCGGAUAAAGAGGAGGCCAACACGAGAACAGAGGACUCCUGGAAGAUCACGGACACCGAGCUGGAAUCGUUUGCGGAAAAGACAACUCUUCAAGUCCGACUUAAUGAACUGCUGCAGGAGAACUCGAAAUCUGCCAACCUUAUCAUUGUGAGCAUGCCCAUUGCUCGAAAGGGAGUCUCUGACCAUCUCUACAUGGCCUGGCUGGACAUCCUCACGAAGAACCUUCCACCCACCUUGCUUAUUCGAGGCAACCAAAAGAGCGUGCUGACUUUCUACUCCUGA